CGCGACUCGGCUGAAGUGGGCAGCCGCAGGCCCGGGAGAGCCAGGCCGGGCCGGGCGUAGUAGCAGCGGCGGCGGCGGCAGCGCCAUGGCGGCCGCGCAGGGACGGUGGUGGCGGCGGCUCCUGAGGGCCAGGCGAGGCCGGCGGGAGAAGCAGCAGCAGCCGGAGCGGCGCCGCGGGCCGGGCCGAGCUUGGAGCGGCUGAGGGUCGCCGGGAGGCCGCGAGAGGAGAGGCCGGGCCGGGCGCCAUGAGCCAGGGCAGCGGGAGCGGCGGCGGCGGCGGCGGGGAGCCGGAGGCCAAGGCCCUCCACACCAAGAGGCUCUACCGGGCGGUGGUAGAAGCCGUGCAUAGACUGGAUCUCAUUCUUGGAAACAAGGCAGCUUAUCAAGAAGUAUUCAAACCAGAGAACAUCAGCCUGAGAAACAAGUUACGUGAACUCUGUGUGAAGCUGAUGUUCUUGCACCCAGUGGAUUAUGGGAGAAAAGCAGAGGAACUGCUCUGGAGGAAAGUCUACUAUGAGGUCAUCCAGCUCAUUAAGACAAAUAAAAAGCACAUUCACAGUCGCAGCACCCUGGAGUGCGCCUACCGGACUCACCUGAUUGCCGGCAUCGGGUUCUACCAGCAUCUCCUCCUCUACAUCCAGUCGCAUUAUCAGCUCGAACUGCAGUGUUGCAUCGACUGGACGCACGUGACCGAUCCCCUGAUAGGCUGCAAGAAACCUGUGUCUGCAUCGGAGAAGGAGAUGGAGUGGGCUCAGCUGGCCUGCCACCGGUGUCUGGUAUAUUUGGGCGAUUUAGCUCGGUACCAGAAUGAAUUAGCAGGAGUGGACACAGAAUUGCUGGCGGAGAGGUUUUACUACCAAGCCCUUUCUGUCGCGCCACAAAUUGGUAUGCCGUUUAACCAGCUUGGGACGCUGGCUGGGAGUAAAUACUACAACGUGGAAGCCACCUACUGCUACUUGCGCUGUAUCCAGUCUGAAGUGUCCUUUGAAGGUGCUUCCGGGAACCUCAAACGCCUGUACGACAAGGCUGCCAAAAUGUAUCACCAGCUGAAGAAAUGCGAAGCCAGGAAACUGUCGCCAAGCAAAAAGAGGUGCAAAGACAUUAAAAGGUUACUGGUGAGCUUCAUGUACUUGCAGAGUCUCCUUCAGCCAAAGAGCAGUUCUGCAGACUCUGAGCUGACCUCUCUCUGCCAGUCGGUCUUGGAGGAUUUCAACCUCUGCCUCUUCUACUUGCCCUCUCCGCCUAACACGAGCGCGGCCAACGACGACGAAGAGGAGUGCGAGAGCGGCUACUCCUUCCUGCCGGAUCUCCUCGUCUUCCGGAUGGUCACUGUCUGCCUGAUGAGUGUCCACAGCCUCAAGCGGGCAGGCUCCAAGCAGUACAGUGCAGCCAUUGCGUUCACGCUGGCCCUCUUUUCGCACCUCAUCAACCACGUCAACAUUCGCUUGCAGGCGGAACUGGAAGAAGGCGAGAACCCGGUUCCGGCCUUCCGGAAUGAUGGCACAGAGGAGCUGGAGCCCUCUGCGAACUCCGUUGAGAGAGAAGGCGAGGCAGACUUGACCAAUCACCGGCCUGCCGGGGAGCAGAAGAAGGACGACAGCAAGAAGGGCAAGAAAUACUCGCGCCUGUCCUGCCUGCGGCGGCGGCGCCACGCCCAGAAAGUGGACGAGAGCGACCUGAGCGAGGGCUUUGACUCCGACUCCAGCCCCGACUCCACCAAGGGCAGCGACGGUUCCGAGACCGGCUCGGAGAAAAGCGACGAGGAGGCGGAGGCGGCUUUCGACGUGGAGACCGACUCGGACAUGAACAGCCAGGAGUCGCGCUCGGACCUCGAGGACAUGGAGGACGAGCCAGAGGGCGACGGGGGCGGCCACCCCGGGGGCAUGCGCAACGGGGCCCGCGAGGCCUCGGACUCUGCGGAAGGUGACGAGGGCAGGCUGGCGGACUCCAAGAGCCCUGGCGUUGCCAAGGCGGACGCCCCGGAGCCCGUGGCCAAUGGUCCGGGCUCCUUGGGCCCCAGCGACGCCAGCAUAGCCAGCAACCUCCAGGCCAUGUCCACACAGCUCUUCCAGACCAAGCGGUGCUUCCGGCUGGCCCCCACUUUCAGCAACGUCCUCCUCAAGCCAAACUGUGAAGCGCCCGCCCAGAAGGAGGCCGGGGGCGGCAAGCCCUGCGUGAACGGCGGCGUGGUGGAAAAGUCCGACGGGGCUGAGCAAGAUGAUGUUUCCGAGUCGGAAGAAAGCGUCUGCAGUAACAAGUCCUGCAGGAACGAGCGUUCUCUGCAGGAGAAGCUGGAGAUCAUAACCCACGAGGGGCUCCUGCCGACGGUCAAGGUGUUCCUCGACUGGCUGAGAACAAACACGGACCUCAUCAUCAUGUGUGCACAGAGCUCUCAGAGUUUAUGGAACCGACUCUCGGUCCUCCUGAACCUGCUUCCUUCCGCUGGAGACCUGCAAGACUCAGGACUGUUUCUUUGUAAUGAGGUGAAGAGCAUUCUUCCGGGAUGCGAGCUUCCAGACCUGAGCGCCUGCUUGCUGCUCCCAGAAGACGUGGCCCUCCGCAACCUCCCUCCACUGAAGAAUGCACACAAGAGGCUCAACUUUGAGCAGGACAGGCCGGCCCUCACCGAAGUGGAGGAGUCUGUGGUUCGCAUCUGUUGCAUCCGGAGCUUUGGCCACUUCAUCACCCACUUGCAAGGCAGCAUCCUGCAGUUCAACUCUGAGGUCGGGAUCUUCAUCAGCAUCGCCCAGUCGGAGCAGGACAGCCAGGUGCAGCAGGCCCAGGCCCAGUUCCGCAUGGCUGCCGAAGAAGCUCGCCGGAACCGGCUGAUGAGAGACAUGGCCCAGCUCCGGCUGCAGCUGGAGGUGUUGCAGUUGGAAGGGAGCCUCCAGCAGCCCAAGGCCCAGUGCGUCAUGUCCCCCUACCUGGUCCCCGACACCCAGGCGCUCUGCCAGCAUCUCGGCACCAUCCGGCAGCUGGCCGCCAGUGGGAGGUUCAUCGUCAUCAUCCCGCGGACGGUCAUUGAUGGCUUGGACUUCCUGAAGAAGGAGAAUGCGGGUGCCCGCGACAGCAUCCGAUAUUUAGAAGCGGAAUUUAAAAAGGGAAACAGGUACAUUCGCUGCCAAAAGGAAGCCGGGAAGAACUUUGAGAGGCAUAAGCUGAAGAGGCAGGACUUGGACGCUUGGAACCUCUACAAGAUACUGGACAGCUGCAAACAGCUGACGGCGUCUCAGGGGGGCGGUGAAGACGACACCACAGGGAUGGUGACCAUCAUCACAGGCUUGCAGCUGGAGGACCUGAGCAAGCUUUCUGCACCCAUGCAGUCGGCAAUCCAGGCCGUGGCCAACGCCAGCGUGGAAGUAAAGAACGUUCUGGAGUUCUACAAGCAGUGGAAGGAAAUGGGUUGAAGAAGGGAGCAGCAGUUGGGUUGGUUGAAGCUCUGUCUCCGGGCACGCAGCGUUGGAACGAAAGAAGAAAAUACAGGUGACAUUUGGACACGAAGCCGCCGCCGCCGCCGCCGCCACCCAUGAAUCCAAGCAGCCGGGCGUGUGCGCGCAACGGGAACACCCCCCCUUCCGCCAUCACCUCCCCUCUCACGGAAGGGACGACAGCCCCGCCGCUCUGAGAAGAGAGGCGGCUCUCUGCCAGGCGGAGGAGGGACGGGCGCCUUCCUCCCCGCUGACGGGGGGACGGGGCGGGGCGCUGGCGGGUGGGAGGCGCGCCAUCCAUCUCCAAACAGCUUGCUUGGUUGCUCGUCGUCGGAAAUCCGAGGCCAGCUUUUUCACCUGCGCUUCAAACAAAACGGGGCGGGUGGCGGGGAGAGGUUGCCCUGUCUCCCCACCGCCUCCACACUGCAGAAGCCGGGGUCCGAGAGAGCCGGCGGUCCUAAGGGAGGGGGCCAGGAUCCACAGGAGGCUCUGGAGGGAUCUGGUGGUGGGGAGGUGGACGUGCUCUCUCCAUCAUCAUCGUUCCUCCCACCACCACCACCACCACUUUUUCUUCCCUGUGUGUGUGUGUGUGUGUGUGUUAAAGGACGCUUAGUGAACUUCCUGCCCUUUUCGGUUUUCCCCUUAGCGGGUUCUCGGCCUCCAGAUAGCGAAAAGAUGUCCAGAUGGCAAGGGAGCGGUCUUUUCUAAGUGAAGCAAAUUGGCUCUUUUAGGAGAAAUUUUAGGAAGAAUUGAAUUAUUUAUUUUUGUUCUUUUGCGGUUAGCAAAGCAGGGGGAGAAUUAGCUGUAAAAAGGAAACAAAAUGACCCCCACGCUCCCUUUCCUCUCCCUCUCAGAUUUCUUGUGCCCCCCCCUCCCCCUUGUAAAUUGACACAUUUCGUGAGUCGUGACUUGGGCUGUGUGAACACCCCUUCCCAUCGCCUCCUUCUUCCCCCUGGCAAAUGUGCCACCGCCUUGCCACCACCCUUCCUUUCCCCCGUGCCCUGGGAGUCGGUGGUUAUACAGUGGUGACCGUCUGCUUCUCUGGUUUAGGGCUCUUUGCACAGACACAGACAGCUUUGUCCUAAGGAAGCGCUCUUUGGCAUGUGGGGAGAGAGCGAGCGAGAGCCCACCCUUUGGGGACGCCUUUUUUUGCGAGGGAAAAAGGUGGCCUGCAUCACAAGGCUGGGAGGAAGCCGAGCUCCCGUGGGCUCUGUCUGCCUCGAGUAUUCUGCAUCUCUCUCUCCUUUGGGGUGUCAAGAUCCCAAGGAAAGAAGAGGGGACAAAAGCGGGCAGCUGAAGCUCUCGAGUAAAUGCUCCGUGGCCCAGAGGGGAUAUCCACACAACAUCUGCCUCUCUGGGUGUCCCUCCUUGGACCCGCCUUGGGGGUUUUGCCAGUGCCAGUGUAUUUGUUCAGAAGUCCGCCAAGGCAGCAACCGAAAAGAGGCAGCUGUUGGCACUGGGUUGUUUCUGGGAGUGUUUUGGGAGGGGGCCUGAUACCUUCUACCCUUCCGUGCAGCAAGCCAUGGCUCUCUCCGCCCCCCCAAACCCCAGACCUGCAGCACUCUGGGAAGGGUUGCUGCUCCGAAGGUUCAGAAACCGUUCUGCUCUCCUCUAGGUCCCGGGAGGGAGACGGGUCCGCUCCAGUUCUCUUCUGCGUGGUGCACGGAGGAGCAGGGCAAAUCGCCCGGUGCAGAACUCCUUGGGUUUUUAAAAUUCGGGCCCGAGCCCCUACCCGCCCCCACUUGGUUUUCUCGGGAAGGCCAUCUCAGAAGCUGCUCAGGUGGUGUCUGGGCUGUCCCGUGCAAUCUUGAGUAGCAGUGGAGAUUUUGUCCUUGGCCCUUGCCUUCCGCUUUGCUUGCUCUCCCCUUUAUAAUAGAUUUGUGUUUGUUUUUAAAUGUGGGGGUAGCCACAAGCUCCCCGCCUUUUCCGCCGCUUCCAUCUCUCCGCAUCAGACACACAAAGCAUUUUGCGGGGGAAACUCUUCAUGGCUUCCGCUCUGUCCUAUCCGUUGGACAUCUGUUUCACCCGGGGAAGCAGAGCCAGAGUCGGUCGGGUCCGUGACUGGCUUCCAGUGGGUUCCCUUCCUUUGGGGUCCAUUUCUCUUUCUCGCCUCCCCAGCUAUCUUGGAAAUAAAGCGGUCCUCAGCCA